AAAAAAAAAAAAGCAACUUCCAAAGGUGACGUGCGAGGAGAACUGACCAGCUGCCAAUGGGCGUGCGCGUUUCAGGCGGCCAAUGGGAGGAGGCGUCUCGGCGGGGGACAAGUAGUGACUGCCCGCGGGGGCGGGGCGGAGUCCGGGUUCGAGCUGGUGGCCCCCGGGAAGGGUGAGUCUGGACGCGGGCGCGGAAGGGGCGCGCCGGAGGUCCUCAGGAAGGAGGCGCGGGGACUGGCUGCGCUAGACAGGCUGCACUUGGAUGGGAGCACCUGCUACUUCGGCACUGCCGCGAUGCCGGGGUCUGUGCUGAAUGUGUAAUAUGAGGAACUAUAUUGAAACAUUACAACCAUCUUUUGAUGACAACACCCUGAGGACCUCCCUUUUCCAGAUGGGGAAACUGAGGUCCAGAAUUGCCAAGUGGCUUGCUUGAGUUGACACAGGGAGCUCCAGGACUCGCCUUCAGCCGAGCCACCUGCUGGGAGCAUGCCUUUGCGCCAUCGGGGGAUGACCAGGGGCAGCAAGCCCGUUGGGGAUGGAGCCCAGCCCAUGGCUGCCAUGGGAGGCCUGAAGGUGCUUCUGCACUGGGCUGGUCCAGGCGGCGGAGAGCCCUGGGUCGCUUUCAGCGAGUCAUCGCUGACAGCUGAGGAAGUCUGCAUCCACAUUGCACAUAAAGUUGGUGAGUCUGGGGCACUGGCACCAUGGGGACUGGGGUGGGUGUGCGAGCAGCAGCUGGGCCCCAUCCAUCCAUCCGUCCACCCAUCUAUCCGCCCACCUCUCCACCCACCUAAUCAUCCAUCCGUCCACCCACCCGUAUGUGCCUGCUGCUGCGCUGUGUCUCCAUGUAAUGAGUGUCAUUGUUCCCGGGUAUGGGUCCAGCAGUGGCCCAAGUGGCCUGAUAGUCCCCCUGGAUCCCCUUCCAGGGAGCCGUUUGUGCAGGCCAAGCUGCGGCCCGAGGACGGCCUGUACCUCAUUCACUGGAGCACCAGCCACCCCUACCGCCUGAUCCUCACAGUGGCCCAGCGUAGCCAGGCACCAGACGGCACACAGAGCUUGCGGCUCCGGAAGUUCCCCAUUGAGCAGCAGGCCGGGGCCUUUGUGCUGGAGGGCUGGGGCCGGUCCUUCCCCAGCAUUCGGGAACUUGGGGCUGCCUUGCAGGGCUGCUUGCUGAGGGCCGGGGACGACUGCUUCUCUCUGCGUCGCUGUUGCCUGCCCCAACCAGGAGAAACCUCCAACCUCAUCAUCAUGCGGGGGGCUCGAGCCAGCACCAGGACACUCAACCUCAGCCAGCUCAGCUUCCACCGGGUUGACCAGAAGGAGAUCACCCAGCUGUCCCACUUGGGCCAGGGCACAAGGACCAACGUGUACGAGGGCCGCCUGCGAGUGGAGGGCAGUGGGGACCCUGAGGAGGGCAAGAUGGACGACGAGGACCCCCUCGUCCCUGGCAGGGACCGUGGGCAGGAGCUACGAGUGGUGCUCAAAGUGCUGGACCCGAGUCACCAUGACAUCGCCCUGGCCUUCUAUGAGACAGCCAGCCUCAUGAGCCAGGUCUCCCACGUGCACCUGGCCUUCGUGCACGGCGUCUGUGUGCGAGGCCCUGAAAAUAUCAUGGUGACAGAGUACGUGGAGCAUGGACCCCUGGACGUGUGGCUACGGAGGGAGCGGGGCCAUGUGCCCAUGGCUUGGAAGAUGGUGGUGGCCCAGCAGCUGGCCAGCGCCCUCAGCUACCUGGAGAACAAGAACCUGGUACAUGGUAAUGUGUGUGGCCGGAACAUCCUGCUGGCUCGGCUGGGGCUGGCAGAGGGCACGAGCCCCUUCAUCAAGCUGAGUGAUCCCGGCGUGGGCCUGGGCGCCCUCUCCAGGGAGGAGCGGGUGGAGCGGAUCCCCUGGAUGGCCCCCGAAUGCCUCCCAGGUGGGCCCAACAGCCUAAGCAUUGCCAUGGAUAAGUGGGGGUUUGGUGCCACCCUCCUGGAGAUCUGCUUUGAUGGAGAGGCCCCUCUGCAGAGCCGCAGCUCCUCCGAGAAGGAGCAUUUCUACCAGAGGCAGCACCGGCUGCCCGAGCCCUCCUGCCCAGAGCUGGCCACACUCACCAGCCAGUGUCUGACCUAUGAGCCAACCCAGAGGCCUUCAUUCCGCACCAUCCUGCGUGACCUCACCCGGCUGCAGCCCCACAAUCUUGCUGACGUCUUGAUUGUGAACCCGGACUCAUCGGCGUCAGACCCUACGGUUUUCCACAAGCGCUAUUUGAAAAAGAUCCGAGAUCUGGGCGAGGGUCACUUCGGCAAGGUCAGUUUGUACUGCUACGAUCCGACCAACGACGGCACUGGCGAGAUGGUGGCGGUGAAAGCCCUUAAGGCAGACUGCGGCCCCCAGCACCGCUCGGGCUGGAAGCAGGAGAUUGAGAUUCUGCGUACGCUCUCUCACGAGCACAUCGUCAAGUACAAGGGCUGCUGCGAGGACCAAGGCGAGAAGUCGCUGCAGCUGGUCAUGGAGUACGUGCCCCUGGGCAGCCUCCGAGACUACCUGCCCCGGCACAGCGUGGGGCUGGCCCAGCUGCUGCUCUUCGCCCAGCAGAUCUGCGAGGGCAUGGCCUAUCUGCACGCGCAGCACUACAUCCACCGAGACCUAGCCGCGCGCAACGUGCUGCUGGACAACGACAAGCUGGUCAAGAUCGGGGACUUUGGCCUAGCCAAGGCCGUGCCCGAAGGCCACGAGUACUACCGCGUGCGCGAGGAUGGAGACAGCCCCGUGUUCUGGUAUGCCCCAGAGUGCCUGAAGGAGUAUAAGUUCUACUAUGCGUCCGAUGUCUGGUCCUUCGGGGUGACCCUGUAUGAGCUGCUGACGCACUGUGACUCCAGCCAGAGCCCCCCCACGAAAUUCCUUGAGCUCAUAGGCAUCACCCAGGGUCAGAUGACAGUUCUGAGACUCACCGAGUUGCUGGAACGAGGGGAGAGGCUGCCGCGACCCGACAAAUGUCCCUGUGAGGUCUAUCAUCUCAUGAAGAACUGCUGGGAGACAGAGGCGUCCUUCCGCCCAACCUUCGAGAACCUCAUACCCAUCCUGAAGACAGUCCAUGAGAAGUACCAAGGCCAGGCCCCUUCCGUGUUCAGUGUGUGCUGAGGCACAAUGGCAGCCCUGCCUGGGAGGAUUGAACCAGGCAGUGGCUGCAGACAGGGCCUUCUGCUCCCUGCCCCAGGAUGAAACCAAGAGAGGGACGUCAACCUCACCCACACCCUGUGCCUUACUCCUGUCCGGAGACCCCACCUCUGUGAACUUACUUUUCUUCCAUGGCCGUGAACCUGACCAUGAUUUUGAGGGACCUACGAUGUGUAGGGUCACUAAUCCGGCCCUUGAACCCCCAGCUUCUAAACUUGAGGCCCACCAUUUCCACCAUCUGGUAAUAAACUCCUGUUUCCUCUGCUGGA